AUGCCACAAAACGAAUAUAUUGAGCGACAUAUAAAGCUACACGGUCGGCGGUUCGACCAUGAAACGAAAACGAGGAAGAAGGCAGCCAGGGCAGUAUCGAAAGAAAGCAAGAAGGCCCAAAAACUGCGAGGAAUCAAAUCGAAAAUAUAUAAGAAGCAGAGAUACGCAGAGAAAGUCCAACUCAAAAAAUUGGUUAAACACCAUGAGGAGAAGGAAAUUAAGGAGGAAGUGGUAGAAAAGACCGAUGGAGCCAUUCCAGCAUACCUCCUAGAGAGAGGAGACGUGAACAGAACUAAGAUUCUGAGUAAUAUGAUAAAGCAAAAGAGGAAGGAAAAGGCGGGAAAAUGGGCAGUUCCAAUCCCUAAGGUUAGAGCAAUGAACGAAGAUGAAAUGUUCCGAGUACUGAAAACAGGAAAGAGAAAGAAGAAAAUGUGGAAGAGAGUAGUGGACAAGGCCUGCUUUGUGCCAGAAGAUUUUACAAGAAAGCCUCCGAAAUACGAAAGAUACAUUCGACCAACUGGGUUAAGAUUUAAAAAAGCUCACGUCACACACCCUGAGCUUAAAACAACGUUUUAUCUAGACAUCAUAUCAGUGAAAAAGAAUCCGCAAUCCAACUUAUACACAGGCCUGGGAGUUAUCACUAAAGGAACAAUUAUAGAAGUAAAUGUCAGUGAAUUGGGACUAGUGACUCAGACGGGCAAGGUCAUAUGGGCCAAGUACGCACAAGUAACGAAUAACCCAGAGAACGACGGAUGCAUCAACUCAGUGCUGCUAGUGUAA